GGCUCUGGUGGGGAUGGAGUCGUAGGGCUAUGGUGCCAGACUGACUCAACAACCAAUCGCAUAGUUGACCAUAUGGUUGUUAAGCAAGUUACACCUGGACAAGCCACAUAUGACGAUCCUGGCCAUUGGAAGAACGAUGAGAUUGGCGGCACUCCUCUUGAGUUUGAUAACGCCAUCCGAUUGUUUGCAGAACUCGCAUCUACUGGCCAAGGUCUGGAGAAAUACAUCACUCGGACGUUGGGAUUCAGUCCGCCUAACAACGCAAAAUUUAUCUACAAACUAUACUUUGAAUACUGCGCAUACGGCACCAUAUACGACAUAGUCAGAGCUCAGAGAGCAGCCACCAAGAAAGUCAUGGGUCUAAAAGUCUCAAUCUCUGUACCUGAGCCGUUCAUAUGGUAUUUUGUCAGGACUAUGAUCAGGGUUGCAGUGUCGAUGGAGUCGAUAGGAAUGGUACACAAGGAUCUCCAGGCUGGCAAUGUGUUGUUCGACCGGCCAGACUCUCAUCACUUUGCCAUAUAUCCCACACCCAAGAUGGCCGACUUUGGCAACUCUCGCUUUCGAGACUUGCAGGCAGGUACGGAGAUAGAUCGCGAAGACCCAUUGGACGGCUGUUGUCAGCCAUUUGCACCACCUGAACUCUCUACAGAUGAUGAUGGUGAUUGGAGAGUAGAUUCAAGCAAAGAACCAGAAGUACAAUGGGUUACUGCUAAAACCAACAUAUGGCAGAUUGGUAUGCUUGCGCUGUGUCUUAUGAGAGGCCAAGCUCCUAUCUUGGAAUGCAGAAACCAAGGCAAGCCCAAAGAACAAUUGAACUUCGCACAGAAACCAGAAGACGGUAUGACAACAAUUGAGACACGCAAGCAUAACCGAAACGACCAGUUCUUUCAAUUCUCCGAAGAGCUCCAUGAUUUGGUUGACAAUAUGCUUGAAUUCAAACCUUCUGCACGCCCAAGUCCUUCACAGGUGCUCCAGACUAUC